GACAGAUGAAUCAUUUCUUAUUUCUUUGAGCAAAUCUUCACACACUGAAGACAAACGGUUAAAGAUAAACUGUUGAAGAGGAAGCGCCGCGAGAUGUUUGUGGUCCUUUUCAUCUUGGGGCUCCUGGACUGUCGAGCCCAUGGUUGGUCUCAACCCAAGAUCACCGUGAACUCUGAAGUUCUGAUGAGCUCUGACGUGAUUCUCGACACUGGAUCUCCUCUUCGUUUGACCUGUGAGGGUGACGGUCCAGUCACAUGGCUUCCACGACUGUCCAAACUCAAACAAUACAUCUCAGGAGGAGUCGGAAACAUCCAGAUUUUCCGUGUGGACAAAGCCUCUGUAAACGUCACAGGCACUUACAAGUGUGUUUAUAUGAACGGAAACCAUUCAAACGUGUCAUCCUCUGUUCAUGUGUUUGUCAGGGAUUCUAACAUUCUCUUUGAGACAACGAAUACGCCUAUGAACUAUGUGCUGAAAGAAGGUGAAGAUCUGAUGUUGCCGUGUCUUCUCACCGACCCCGAUGCCACAGACUUCACAUUGCGUAUGGAAAACGGCUCUGCGGUGCCCUACGGCAUGAAUGUGACCUUUGACCCCAGGAAGGGUGUUCUGAUUAGGAACGUUCACCCCAGAUACAACGCUGACUACGUGUGCAGCGCUAAAAUUAGAGGAGUCGAGAAAAUGUCUAAGAUCUUCUCUGUAACUGUCAGAGAGAGGUUGCGUUUCCCACCGUAUGUGUACCUGAAGAGAAACGAGUAUGUGAAACUGGUUGGAGAGAAAUUUCAGAUCAGUUGUACCACAAACAAUCCAAACUUUAACUACAAUGUCACCUGGACUCACACCUCUCGAAAGUUGCCACGAGCAAAGGAGAAAUCUGCAAUGAAAGGAGAUCGUUUGGCCAUCGAGAGCAUUUUGACCAUUCCAGCUGUUCAGCUGUCUGAUUCAGGAAACAUCACAUGUACAGGACAGAAUGAAGCCGGAGCAAACCGCUCCACAACUCACCUGCUCGUUGUAGAUGAGCCGUACAUUCGUCUCUCACCGAAGCUCUCGUCUGAACUCACUCACAGCGGUCUGUCCAUCAAGGUCAGUGAAGGAGAUGAUGUUGAUCUCGGGGUUUUGAUCGAAGCGUAUCCUCCUCUGACAUCACACCGCUGGGAGACUCCAACAUCCCACAAUGCAUCUCUUCCUGAGCACAGGUUUUACAGCUAUAACCACAGGUACGAGGCACUGCUGUUUCUCAAAAGACUAAACUUCUUAGAAAUGGGUCGUUACACUCUAUAUGUGACGAGUAGCAUGAGAAACGCCUCCAUUACAUUUGACAUUAAAAUGUACCAGAAACCAGUCGCUGUGGUGAGAUGGGAGAAUGUCACAACGCUGUCGUGUAAGUCAUAUGGGUAUCCGGCUCCCAGCAUCCUCUGGUACCAGUGUGCUGGCAUCAGAACCACGUGCACAGAAAACUUGACGGGUCUUCAGCCAAUCGUGACUCAGACGGUGGAGUUUCAGAAGGAACAGUCUGGAACGGUUGGCGUGGAGAGCGUGCUGACUGUAAGACCGUCCAAUCAGAGAAUGGCGGUGGUGUGCGUCGCCUUCAAUCUCGUCGGCCAGGACAGCGACGCCUUUGCCGUGGAGGUUUCUGAAAAACUCUUCACUAGUACGCUGUCUGGAGCCGCAGCGGCGAUGAGCGUUCUGCUGCUGCUCCUCUGUUUCCUGCUGUACAAAUACAAACAGAAACCCAGAUACAAGAUCCGCUGGAAGAUCAUUGAAGCUACAAACGGGAACAACUACACCUUCAUCGACCCGACACAACUGCCAUACAAUGAGAAGUGGGAGUUUCCCCGAGACAAACUGAAGCUUGGUAAAACUCUGGGUGCAGGAGCGUUUGGUAAAGUUGUGGAGGCCACAGCGUACGGUCUGGGAAAAGACAACAACGUCAUUCGUGUUGCUGUGAAAAUGCUGAAAGCCAGUGCUCAUCCUGACGAGAAAGAGGCUCUGAUGUCAGAACUGAAGAUACUGAGUCACCUUGGACAACACAAGAAUAUCGUGAAUCUUCUGGGUGCCUGCACACAUGGUGGCCCAGUACUGGUGAUCACUGAAUACUGUUGCCAUGGAGACCUCUUGAACUUCCUGCGUGGCAAAGCAGAGAACUUCCUGAACUUCGUUAUGACGAUUCCAAACAUUCCAGAGCUGGCGACGGAUUAUAAGAACAUGACCGCUGACCGAGAGUUUUUGCGAAGUGACAGCGGGCUCUCCAGCAACUGCUCUGAGAAUUAUCUGGACAUGAGACCGGCCACAUCCAGACCAGCAAACUCAAUUCUGGGUUCUUCUUUGGAGUGUCAGGAAGACGACUCGUGGCCGUUGGACAUGGAUGAUCUGCUCAGAUUCUCCUAUCAGGUGGUUCAGGGACUCGACUUCCUGGCUGCUAAAAAUUGUAUUCACAGAGAUGUAGCAGCGAGAAAUGUUCUGCUGACCGACAGACGAGUGGCUAAAAUCUGUGAUUUCGGUCUAGCGCGAGACAUCAUGAAUGAUUCUAACUACGUGGUCAAAGGAAACGCUCGUCUUCCAGUGAAGUGGAUGGCUCCAGAGAGUAUUUUCGAGUGUGUUUAUACCGUACAGAGUGACGUCUGGUCUUACGGUAUUCUACUGUGGGAAAUAUUCUCAUUGGGUAAAAGCCCGUAUCCCAACAUCCUAGUAGACUCAAAGUUCUAUAAAAUGAUUAAAUGUGGAUAUCAGAUGUCCAGACCGGACUUUGCAUCACCAGAGAUGUAUACAAUCAUGAAGAUGUGCUGGAACCUGGAACCCGCUGACAGACCGACCUUCAGUAAGAUCAUUCAACUCAUCGAGAGGAUGCUGGGAGACGCACCUGACGAGCAGCAGACAGAGUACAAGAACGUCCAAUCCGAAGCGCAUGAAGAAGAACUGGAGACAUGUGACCCUCUGAAGCACGAUGAGUCGUUGUGUGAGACGUCAUGUGACCAGGAGGAAGAGGAUCAACCGCUCAUGAAAGCAAAUAACUACCAGUUCUGCUGAGAGUCAAACUAACUCAUGCAUUCCUGUCGGUUUUAUUUCUGUUUGUUGGUCAUCAAACGCACACGGUCUUGUGAUUUUACAGUCUGUCAGAUAAUUUGCUGUUGUAAACAAUCUUGAGCUCCGCGGCUAAGUUUAAAUGUGUUGUAUCAAAUUAAAUUCAGGACAAAGAUUUUAUAUGGGAACAUUUUCAUUUAUCGAUAUUAUCCAGCAACUGCACAAGCCCAACAAUAUGCAAGUGAAUCUGUAUUUAAUGAAGUCAUUGUGGUUUUUCUUUGACCGUGUGUAGUUUUGUUGAUGGUUUUUGAGUUCAUGCACACAACCUUUCCAUGUUGACAUCUUUCAAGUGACAGAACUCUUGAACUCCUGAACUCCACUGGUUUCACUUCUCUGACAGAUCUCUUGAAAGUCAAAAACCUCAGAUUUGGUUUUGCUUUCGGAGUUGAAUUUAACUUCUCUGUUGCAGUUUAUUUACAAACACAGCAUCUUCCAAUUUAAAGAUGUUCUGCAUGUCAGUCGUGUUUUUGAUUUCACAAUCAAAGUAAAUCUCAUAUAAACAAACAAACUGUUGACGUACACUUCAGCUGUUACACGUAAUUCAACUGUUGUCUUUAUACAGGGUCCAAAAUUAAUGUUGUGCCAUACCUGCCAAUGAUGAGUGAAUUGAGAGUAUUUACCAGCCAUAAAUAUUUCUAGCCAUGAAAUGAUACUUUGCAUUAUUUAAAUUGUUCAUUUAAAAUAUAUAUAUAUAUAUAUAAUACCGAAACCGGAUUAUUUUCAUGACUUUCAGUUCCAUUAACGAUUCCUGAACGUGACUUCUUCCACCCAUGCGGAUGGGAUACCCUGCUAAAAUACUCUGACAAAGCUUCCCGCUUUACCAUUCAGCGGUUCAUCGCUGUUGAAUCUGCAGCAUGAAACAUACAACCCGAAUCCUGAACAAAUGACUCUCAUGAGUCAGUUCUUUUAAAUCCAUGUGAGUCAGUUCAAUCUCUUAGGAGUCAUUUAUUUAUUUUUAUUUUUAUCUAGAUUUUAAAACACAGUGUAGUCCGAUUUCAGAACAAAUUACUUUUAUGAGUCAUUUAUUUUCAAUCUACAGUAUAUGAGUCAAUUCAAUCUCUUAUGAGUCAUUUUUUUUAUGUACAGUUUGAAACACACAGCGUGACCAGUGUAGUCCGAUUCCCAAACAAAUGACUCUCAUGAGUCGGUUCUUUUGAAUCUACAGGGCAAAACAUACAGUGUGACCAGUUAAGUCCAAUUCCCAAACAAAUGACUCUCAUGAGUCGGUUCUUUUGAAUCUACAAGGCAAAACAUACAGUGCAAACAAUUCAAUCCAAUUCCCAAACAAAUGACUCUCAUGAGUCGGUUCUUUUGAAUCUACAGGGCAAAACAUACAGCGCGAACAGUUCAAAUAGAUUCCCAAACAAAUAACUCUCAUGAGUCGGUUCUUUUGAAUCUACAGGGCAAAACAUACAGUGUGACCAGUUAAGUCCAAUUCCCAAACAAAUGACUCUCAUGAGUCGGUUCUUUUGAAUCUACAAGGCAAAACAUACAGCGCAAACAGUUCAAUCCGAUUCCCAAUCAAAUGACUCUCAUGAGUCGGUUCUUUUGAAUCUACAGGGCGAAACAUACAGCGCGAACAGUUCAAUCCGAUUCCCAAUCAAAUGACUCUCAUGAGUCGGUUCUUUUGAAUCUACAGGGCAAAACAUACAGCGCGAACAGUUCAAUCCGAUUCCCAAACAAAUGACUCUCAUGAGUCGGUUCUUUUGAAUCUACAGGGCAAAACAUACAGUGUGACCAGUUAAGUCCAAUUCCCAAACAAAUGACUCUCAUGAGUCGGUUCUUUUGAAUCUACAGGGCGAAACAUACAGCGCGAACAGUUCAAUCCGAUUCCCAAACAAAUGACUCUCAUGAGUCGGUUCUUUUGAAUCUACAGGGCGAAACAUAUAGUGCGAACAGUUCAAUCCGAUUCCCAAACAAAUGACUCUCAUGAGUCGGUUCUUUUGAAUCUACAGGGCAAAACAUACAGUGCGAACAGUUCAAUCCAAUUCCCAAACAAAUGACUCUCAUGAGUCGGUUCUUUUGAAUCUACAAGGCAAAAUAUACAUCAAUUCCCAAUCAAAUGACUCUCAUGAGUCGGUUCUUUUGAAUCUACAGGGCAGAACAUAGAGCGCGAACAGUUCAAUCCAAUUCCCAAACAAAUGACUCUCAUGAGUCGGUUCUUUUGAAUCUACAAGGCAAAACAUACAGUGCGAACAGUUCAAUCCAAUUCCCAAACAAAUGACUCUCAUGAGUCGGUUCUUUUGAAUCUACAAGGCAAAACAUACAUCAAUUCCCAAUCAAAUGACUCUCAUGAGUCGGUUCUUUUGAAUCUACAGGGUAAAACAUACAGUGCGAACAGUUCAAUUCAAUUCCCAAACAAAUGACUCUCAUGAGUCGUUUCUUUUGAAUCUACAGGGCAAAACAUACAGCGCGAACAGUUCAAUCCGAUUCCCAAACAAAUGACUCUCAUGAGUCGGUUCUUUUGAAUCUACAGGGCAAAACAUACAGCGCGAACAGUUCAAUUUGAUUCCCAAACAAAUGACUCUCAUGAGUCGGUUCUUUUGAAUCUACAGGGCAAAACAUAGAGCGCGAACAGUUCAAUCCGAUUCCCAAACAAAUUACUCUCAUGAGUCGGUUCUUUUGAAUCUACAGGGCAAAACAUAGAGCGCGAACAGUUCAAUCCGAUUCCCAAACAAAUGACUCUCAUGAGUCGGUUCUUUUGAAUCUAUCGGGCAAAACAUACAGUGUGACCAGUUAAGUCCAAUUCCCAAACAAAUGACUCUCAUGAGUCGGUUCUUUUGAAUCUACAGGGCAAAACAUACAGCGCGAACAGUUCAAUCCGAUUCCCAAACAAAUGACUCUCAUGAGUCGGUUCUUUUGAAUCUACAGGGCAAAACAUACAGUGUGACCAGUUAAGUCCAAUUCCCAAACAAAUGACUCUCAUGAGUCGGUUCUUUUGAAUCUACAGGGCAAAACAUACAGCGCGAACAGUUCAAUCCGAUUCCCAAACAAAUGACUCUCAUGAGUCGGUUCUUUUGAAUCUAAGGGCAAAACAUACAGCGUGACCUCUCGAACGAAUGACUCUUAUAAGCCGGUCCUUUUUAGUGAACGAAAAACGUUCUGAACUGCAAGUCACUCAUUUCACCACGUCUGACUCGAAAUGAACUGAGAACUGUUACUGUGUUAUGUGCACUUGAGACUUGUGAGACUUAAAUCUAAAAAGUAAUUACUGGAUGUUUGUUGAUGCACUAUUGCAAGAAUCUUUUCUGUUAAAAUAUCAAAUGAUCUCUUGGUACAGACUGCUGAGGGCAGAAAAUCUAGUAAGAAUAUAAUUUUUUAUUUCCAAAUAUUUCUUCCUUGAAAGCACUAAAAGAUCGUUUAUGGAACCGCUAAGGAACCGGUUUUGUUAAAUUCCUUCUGAUUCCAGUUCCAUGCAGGCGAGUGUUAAUUUUGGACUCUGCAAAUCAUUAUUUCUGCACUGAACAUCAUGAGGUCGUGUCGGUGAGAGGUCAGAGGUCAGAGGUAAUUAACUGACAGAUAUUGAGAGAGUCUGUCUGUCUCCUGCUCUAGUUCUCAGUCAAUCCUACUUGGCAAACAAAGUAUUUUACAGCGUCUCACAAUGAUUACGGUCGCUAAGAAUGAUAGCGUGAGUUCAGCUCGGGUUUGGAGGGCAGCUCCACGCCUAGAAUUGGUGAAAUAUUGACAUGCUGUUGGUGCAAUAUCGUUUCUGAGGUCAGGCGGUCGGCAUCUUAUUUCUUUAGAUGACCUGGGGUCAAAGGUUAAAUGCAUUCUCAUUGAUAGACAAGCCUUUUUUUUUCUUUUUUUUAUUGUAGACGACUUAAUAGUUUACCCAAAAAAACGAUAUGCUGUUAUCUUUCCUGCUAUCAUUUAUUUUCUGUUUCACAGAAUAUGGGUUUUGAACGACAUAAGGGUGAGUACGUAAUGAUGUCAUUUUUGAGUGAACUAUUAAGUCACAGUCUGUGAGAGCGAAUGACAUUUACUUCUUUACUGUAACAAAAUGAAACGUAAACAACUUUAGUUUCAUUUGAAAAUUGACACUUUCAUCACUGCAGGAAAUGAGAACUGAUUUGUUUGUGUUUUUAGGAGAUCAUAAAUAACACAAAUGCUUUUUGAGAUUUGUUUCAGUGGCAACAGAUCAAUGUUUCAACUUUCAGUCUCUGGAUUUAUUCUUACAUUUCAAAAGGGUUAUACAUAUUUAUAUUUCUCCACUUUUUACCCUAACUAAAAUGCAUUAAAAUGUGAUGAUUUUGUCUUUCUAAAAGCACAAACUGCCAUAUCGUAGUAACAGAUAUUAAAUGCUUAUUUACUCAUAUUAUCUAUAUAGUUCAUGCACAACAGUUUUUUGUAAUAUUCCAGUAUUCAAGAUCUGAAAAAUGACUUUUUGUCGGUAUUUGUCAUGACUUCUGCACUUAUAUCUCCAGAUCUUUAUCAGCAUAUGUUUUAUAUAUAACUAGAGAAACUACUACUGAAAGCUACUAACAAACCAUGAAAAACAUCAUGUGAAAUUGUGGUUUAUUUCAGAGAGAUUGUGAGGUCAAAGGUUAUUGUCAUGUCAGCUGUUUCAGCAGCCAAUACUGUUUGCCUUGAAACGCAUAAAGUGAACCAGAGAAACAAAUGACGGGCAUUUCUGCGAGCACAUUUAAAAAAAAUAACCCGGUGAGAAUAAAUUCUGCAUGUCAUUGUUUAAGUGAUAAGAUUGUGUUUUAUGCAUGAAAAAAGAGCUGUCAAAAUAUGAAACUUAAAUAAAUACUGAUGAUUUUUCGCCUG